GCUGGCCAGCCCAGAGGGAAGGCUGCGGCUGUCAUCUUGACUGAGCUCUGCAGAGGGUGGCUGAGCCAUCAUGGGCAAACGUGGCAGAAAGAUCUGGGGAAAAAUCACUUGAAUUUAGUGCAUGGAUGACAACGUGGGAGAAGGUGGGCUGCUGGCUUGACAGGGGAGAGUCACUCAUCUGUGGGACUGCUCGCCCACAGCGGCCACCCUGUGUGAGGUCGAGAAGGGCUGGGGUCUGGGGUGCCUCGUUACACACUCUCACUUCUCCAGCAUGGCUGUGACUGCAAGUGCUGAUCCGUGGUUUUGUUCAGCUCCGCUUCCUGCCCUUUUAUUUCUCCUGGCUGCUCCUGCUCCUGCAUCAUGCCCUGGUUUUAGAUGUGGAUGGAGGAUGUGACUGAUCACUGGCAGGGCCUUGGUAAAUCUGUCAAGGUGUUGAAGGGAGCAGUGGUAUUUGCUGGAUACCUGGAUUAGUGGUAAUGUGAAAACUCCAAGCCACAAGGCUACAGAAGGAAAUAAAGAGGUUUUUACUGUGAGGCUGCUGCCCUGGAGGCUGCGGAGGUCCUGUGCAGAGCUACGGCCACCUGGCUUGGGCAGUGUCCUGGGCCAGUCUGUUCUCCUGUUACCUUGGCUGUGCUGGGAGAUGAGACCCUUGAUCUCUAAAGACUUGAUUGAGAGCAGGACCCCAGGCUUGAGAAAAAACAAACAAACAAAACAACAAAACAUCUAGAUGCAAAAUCUUUGACUAUCUAAAAAUCUAGGGAUCUACGUUGGUAUCAACUUGAAAAAAAUUGAAAAAGUAGUGAAUUUUAAGUAGAUUUUGCAAAAGCACACUGGGUAAAGAGCAGGUAAACGAACCCAUCAGAAUUAAUUUUUAAAGUGGAAAAAAACCCUGCUGUUGAAAGAGAGAUUUAAAUUAGAAACAAGUGCUUUGAAGAAUAAGCUUCUUAUUGUAAACAAAUAAAGCUUUUGUAGAAGCAUAGAAACAGCCAUUUCUUGGUUAAUAUGCAUUCCUCAAUUAUACUUUAAUGGUAAUGAAGUGUGGUGGUUGGAAGCUAAUAGACUUGGAGGUCUGGAAAUUGUGGGCUGGCAGACUCCAGGCUAUUCUUUCUGGAUAAGUGUGUUGUGUGUCCCAGAGCCACAAAUCCUGUGAAGCAAUUUUUGCCCCAAAGAAAGAGCAGCUGAAAGAAGCAAGAUGAAGCACAAGCCUUCUUGGCAGGUUUUCAGAAGAUUAGUGAAAAUGUAUUUCUUUUAUUAGUGUUUUGCUUUCAGGGAAUGUGCUUUUUUCACAGAGAAGUAUUUACCCACAGCAUUUCAAUCAAGAUCCAUAAGACAGGACUCUAACCAUGACUGCUGUAUUGUCCACAACCCCUCUCAUGUGGUUUUUCAUGGUCUGAUUGUAGGCAUGUAAAACUCCCCUGAUAACAGAUUUAUACUUCCUGCGUGUGCUAAGGCCUGGCAAAGAGCUUUGCUUCAUUCUGCAUUUAUUCUCAACUUGCCAACUGUGGUACAUGCAUGUUCUGACUGGUUCUCACUCUUAAAGAGAGACCUUUAGUUCUGGUUGUAGCUCAAAAUUCCUAGUAGGUUUUUCCCCCAUUUUUUUUCUUUUUGUUUCACAGUAGAGGUACUUUCUAUAUAUAUAUGCUUUAUUUCUCUAGCAAGCUUUCUGACAAUUGCUCAAAAUACUCUGUAGAAGUAUCCACCCUUAUUUCAAGAUGGAAAAAGGAAAUUCAGAGGCAAGAAAAAUCCUUAGUGAUGUUAUCUAUUGCAAAUAGGUUAGAAAAAAAUGUGAGGUUAUACAUUAAAAUAGUUAGGUUUUAAACUAAAUUUGAAAGCUUAACAAAAUUUGCUUUGUGUAUUGACCAUUAGAUACUAGUAUAUCUAUUUUACAAUAAAUGUGGGCAUUAAAAAUUUAUCAGCCUUACCAUUACCCUUUAUCAGUGGCUCUCCUGGAUAUAGGUAUAAAUAGAACAUAUACAAAACAUUUCAAAAAGUCUGAGAUUUAAUAUCCACUUACAUUUGCAUGCUUGAUUUGUAUGUAUGGUUAUUGCUUUUCUAAAAGCAUUCAUGAAGAAUUUGUAGGCGCACACACAUCCACAAUUGUUUCAGAGAAUUAGAUGGAGAAUUUGUGUGUGGAUAUGUGUAUUUACAUUGCAUGGAAAAUCUUGGCCAUAGUUUAAGAUACCAUUCCUACAAAUCCUAUGAUCCAUAUUUGAUAACUGUAAUCUGAAUAAUAAGAAGGAGAGGAUAUACACCUACUAAAUAUGCUUGAGCUUCAAAAUGUAAUGGGUGGGACAGAAAAAGAGUGGUUGAUAACCAAGAGGGAGGGUUAGAGGGCGUGGAAAAAAUAAUUAUUAUAUGAAAUUUAGACUCUUACGAAAAAAACUGGUUGAGCAACCAGCCUUAAUAGCUUCCAUAGACUAUUUUCAAUAAAGACAAGCUGGUAAAAGCAGCAGUUAAAAUGUUGACAAUAAGUCAAGUUUUUAUAGCCUUGGUUCUAUUUCUUCUAAUUAUGCAAUUUGUUAAGUUGCAACGAGUACGGAGACAACUUCCUCCUGGACCAAUCCCUCUCCCAAUUCUUGGGACCUUGAUACAGCUGAACUUUCAGUUUAAUUGUGAUCUCCUCAUGAAGAUGGCAAAAAUUCACGGCAAUGUAUUCACCUUAUGGUUUGGAUGGGCCCCAGUGAUCGUACUGAAUGGAUUUCAAGCAGUUAAGGAUGGUAUGACCACCCACCCUGAAGAUGUUUCCGGGAGGCUAGUAUCUCCUUUCUUCAGAGCAAUGGCCAAAGGAAAAGGGAUUAUGUUGGCAACUGGUCACACCUGGAAGCAGCAGAGAAGGUUUGCACUGAAGACUCUACGCAACCUGGGUCUGGGGAAAAGAGGUCUGGAACAUCGAGUUCAAGAAGAGGCCCGCUACCUGGUAGAAUUCUUUGCAAGUAUGAAAGAAAAUCCCCUGGAUCCUUCUUUCCCUCUCGUUCAUUCCGUCUCAAAUGUGAUUUGUGCUGUCGUUUUUGGACAUCGCUUCUCCAGAGAGGAUGAAACCUUCCGUGAGCUGAUUAGAGCCACAGAGCAUCUAUUCAAAUUUGGAGGCAGCUUUAUUCAUCAUCUGUAUGAAAUCUUCCCCUGGCUGAUGUGCCGUCUCCCCGGUCCUCAUAAGAAGGCAUUGUCUUGCUACGAUGUCCUGAGCACUUUUACAAGGAGAGAGAUCAGAAACCACAAGGAGAGUGAGAUACCAGAUGAACCGCAGGAUUUCAUUGACUUUUACCUAGCUCACAUUGAAAAAUCCAAAGAUGAACCCAGGUCUACCUACAAUGACGAAAACAUGGUUUAUUCUAUAAAUGACCUUUUCUUGGGUGGAUCGGAGACAACAAGCACUACUUUGAACUGGGGUCUGAUCUAUAUGGUGGCAAAUCCAGACAUCCAAGAGAAAGUGCAGAAGGAGCUGGAUGCUGUUCUGGGUCCUUCCCAGUUAAUCUGCUACGAGGAUCGGAGAAAACUGCCCUACACAAAUGCCGUGGUUCAUGAGAUCCAGCGCUUCAGCAAUAUCAUUUCGGUUGGCAUGCCCAGAGUCUGUGUGAGGAACACAACAUUGCUGGGUUUUCCCCUCAAAAAGGGCAGCAUAGUUCUUCCAAAUAUUGCUUCUUCUUUGUAUGACCCUGAGCACUGGGAAACACCUCGACAGUUCAACCCUGGCCAUUUCUUGGAUAAGGAUGGAAACUUUGAGAGCCAAGAAGCCUUUUUACCAUUCUCAAUAGGGCACCGAGUGUGUUUGGGGGAGCACCUAGCAAGGACCGAGCUCUUCAUUUUCUUUGCCAACCUGCUGCGGGCGUUCACCUUCCGGCUUCCCGAGGGGGUGACAAAGAUCAACACAGAGCCCAUUCUGGGGGGCACGCUGCAGCCCCACCCAUACAAGGUCUGUGCCAUUCCACGCUAGGCUGCAGCACACCACAGACAACCUGCUAAGCAAUCUUACUUUUGUGAAUAUGUUACAUGAGACCAUGGUCUCAUAUAACAUGUAAUUUUUUCUGGCUCCAGAAGUGCCCCCUUUGUCUACAGCAGAUGAUUUUUUUCAGACCUGUUACGUGUUCUUGAAGAUGAUCUCUUUUUUAAUUGAAAUUAUUCUUUUGCUCUGGAGCACACCAUUGUUCUCAGCCUUGAAGACAUCAUGAAGUGUUGCUGUCCAUAUAGGCAGAUUUACAGACGUACACUGGUGAGCAAAUGAUAAAACUGACUGCAGACUUCGAAAAUUAAAUUGUUAGCACUGAGUUAUCCUGUUGUUAAAACCAAUGUAGUCUGGAAAACCAUAUGUGGAAAAUGCUGUCUCUUCAUAUUACUAUCAUCAUUCAUAACAUGUUGGUCAACUUUUUGUUGAUGGUCACUAAUAAAGAAUAAGAAGGAAAAAAA